UAUUUAGUAUACAUGUAUAAAUUUAGACGUAUAUAUGUGUAACUCACAAAUUAUACUCACGUGUUGGAAAAUUCAAUGAAAGUGCAAAAUAAAAUUGCAGGUAUUUUAUUACAUCAUUAUAUUGGAAAGUAGUGCAACGUCUAGCUUAAGCUUCGAUAAUUGUGUUAAUAUAAAUAUAGUAAAACAUAUAAAAAGCAACAAUUUAGUACAAUUGUGCCACAAAUAAUUGAGUGUUUGAAAAUGUCCUCAAGAAAAUGGAGUUGAAUAUCAUACUAAUUUAUGACUGUUUGACAAUUUUCAUUAACUUAUAGUUAAUAAUUAUACGUCAUAUUAUUAUAUUCAUAUAAAUCUAUUUUUAUAGAUUACUAAUAUUUUUUCAGUCGCAUAACAAAGUUAUCACCCAUUAGAUUAUGGAAAAAUUGUCAAAGAUAGCGUGGUAUUUUCAAUGGUUGAAAAGGAAUGAUCGUAAAAAUGAACAAUAUCUUCAGGAAGAUAAAAUAUUAUCUGUCAAUCAAUUAAAAAACAUUGAAAAAGUAUCAUCAACAUCUAAUGAGUGUGAAAAAAAUAAAAAUAAUUUUUCGGAUAUUCUAGAGAGUCUAUUGUUAUGGAAAAAUUCGGUCAACAGUAUAUCUGUUGUAAUCGUUUUUAACAUACUUUUUUGGGGCAUUGUAGUUUUGGAGAUUCGUGGCUUUGCAGCAGCCAGCAGUGCUGCGCUAGUUGUGGUUCUCUGCUACAGUACUCUAGAAUCGCAGAUAGAAAAAGAACCAAGAUCACCAUCAUUAGAUUCAAUGGGGUCUUUAGUUCAAUCAUUUCAAAUUGACAAAAUGAUAAAUAAAUUAAAAGCAGGCAUUGAAAAUUUGAAGACAUUGCGGAAAAAUCAACCUGGAACGUUUUGUAUCGUAGCUUGUGUGACGUCAAUAAUGUUAUGGGUAAUUGGACGUAGUGUAAAUUGUAUUCUCUUGGUUUAUGUUAUUUGUAUGGGACUUCUAGUAGGACCUGGGUUACUUUACAGAAUACCUAAAAAAGUUCUUAUUUCCAAAGAAUGGGAAAAUGAGAUGGAAGAAUUUUUACCUGCUGUAACUGAGGACAAUUUACAAUUAUUAAACAGAGUAGGAGAAACUGGAAAUCAUUCUCCAACACCACCAAAUGGUUUACCAGACCAUUUUAUUGAUUCAUUCGAUGAUGAAAUCACUGGUCUAAAAAUGCCAUCUCAUGAAGAUGGCAGUACAGAUGGACUUGAAUUAUCAGAUGAGUUAGAAUUGAGUGCUGGUGAAAUUAUCAAUGAUAAUGGCAAUUUAACGGCACAAAGUAAACAUUUUGAAGUUAUUUCUUCUUCAGAUGAAGAAGAACUUGAUCUUAAAAGCAAUGAUUUAUCUAGUAAUAGUGACGAUAGCGAAAGUGAAUUUGAAGUGAUUGAUAGUCAUGAUAUUACUAGUUUAAGUAAUGAUAAUAACAAUGAUCAUCAUAAUUUGUAGGCAUAAAUAUAACAAAUACAUACUAUAAAUAUAUACUAUAAUAUAAGCAAUGGUAAAAAAAAAA